AUGAUGGUACGAAUCAAGGAACUUCAACGACGGUUGGAUCAAACGUUGGGGAAGCCAGGACAAGACCGAGCAUCGAAGACGACCUGGGGUGGUGCGACGACGAUCGGAGCACGACUGUCCAGAAUUGAGCUUCAGGUGCGGCACUUUAGCGUAUUUCAGACCGGUCCAUAA